AUAGUAUAGCACAUGUAUAAUCGAUAUCCGCCAUGAAUGCUGACCAACAAUUAGAUACGAAGGUAAAUACGGUUACCUGUAUAUGAAUAAACUGAUCAAGUGAUUGGUUGCGAUUGGUUAUAAAUUGGAUUGAUUGGAUUUACAUGUCUACUCAAUUAUAAACGAUAAGGAGGUACCCGCUCAGCCAUUCCCGGGUGUCACACUAGACGAGGCUGUCAAGCUUACGUGUUUCAAUACGUAAACUAGAAGUGAAUACACACUCGUUAAGAAGCGAAGCAGCUGAAAAGAAUGGCGUCCGAAUCGACGGCAUCGAUGGCGUCUCGUGGUGACGUCAUCAGCCAGUGGGUACAUCGCGUCAACAGAUUCUCGUCGCAGUAUGAUCCUUCCAGCUGGAACGCAGACCAGGUGACUGGGCCUCCUAAGGUGUAUCCCAAGUACGGGGAUAUCGUGGGCACGUGGGCACAGGGAACCAGAAAUAGCGAUGAGUACAUAGAGGUAGAGUUCGAGGAGGCGGUGUACGUGACGGGCCUGGAAAUCUACGAGACGUACCAUGCGGGCGGGGUCAAGGCCGUCAAGGGCCGUGAACAGGAAGGGGCGUGGCACACGCUCUACACGGCGUCCCGCAUCGAGAACAUACAGUCCUCCAGAGUGUUCACACCACAACUCGAGAGUUUAAACAUACGAAUCAAGCAGCUACGUAUAGAAGUAGACUGCACGAUCUGUGGGUCUUGGGUGGAGAUCGACGCCGUCAAACUGCUUGGAAAACGAUUCCUGACUGCGCCUCCUCCCACUCUGGAGAGCCUAGCGGCCGACAUGGCGACGAUCGUGAACGCGCAGCGGUUCAGUGACUGCUCCUUCUUGGUGGAGGGACGGAAAGUGUUCGGUCACCGGAACAUUCUGUGCGCGCGCUCCGAUUAUUUUCGAGCAUUGUUCAAGGACGACAUGAAGGAGGGCUUGUCACAAGAUCCAAUAGAGAUGAAGGACGUGGCAUAUGACAGUUUCAUAGGCAUGCUCCAUUUCCUGUACACUAACUCCGUGCCGGACAUGUUCACCACAGUGGAAUUGACCAAUCUAUGGAGAGUGGCUGACCGGUUUAACAUGGACAGCCUGAAGGCCAUGGUGACGUACUCGGUCAGUCUGAAGAUUGACGUCAGUAACGUCGUAGAAACGUACGUCUGUGCCACAGACACAUUACCGCUUAUUGACGACAUAAAGAAUAUCUGCCUGUCAUUCAUGUCGGGAAACAUGGCGCAUGUCGUUAAAACUUCCAGCUUCGAAAAACUUCCACGGGAAAUCAUGCUGGAAAUCAUACAGACGACAACGUCCAAGUUGAGUCUAUCCUGAUGACAAAGACUUCAUAUGGGUGACUACGUAAAAAAACGAUGGCCAUGACCAAAAAAAACAACAAUAAAAACUGAAACAUGACCCUGGCCUGAGGGUAUUUCAGAAUAAACCGUGAUGGCAUGGAAUUUAAAUGAUUGAUUUAUUUUUUAAAUGAAAAUGUUAUAAAAGAUUGUCUUUGUUCAAUUGUACAAAUGUAAACCUUACAAGGACUCAAUAUGCACUUGUGCGCAAAAUUAAAUAGUUGUCUGUCUGUAUUAUGAAAUAAAGUUCAAUUUAUUGGUUUUAAGUCGCCAAUAAAUAAAAUGAGAAUUGAUGUAUUUAUAUGACUGCGAAGAUUAACGCGAACGGAUAUUUUUUUUCAAUUUAAAUGUGAGCUGUAGUUUAAUAUGUUGUACUAAUAAUCUGGAUUAAGAUUUGCAUUAUCGGCGAAAGUAAUUUUGCUCUUUUGCCAACUAAGAAUUUAGUUCUUGGGUUGGAGAAAAUUAACGAGUAUCAUGAAAUAGAACAAUAUAGGAGUACGUUUUUUGUAACCUAUAUGUUUAUACAUAUGAAUUUAUUUGAAAAAAGUUAUUUAUUAAUAUUUUAUGCAAUAUUUACUACUAUUUGGGCAUUUUUACAAUUACCGGUAACCAUUUUUAGAAGGUUAAAUUUGUGAUUAGUGACAUCAAAGACCUAUCAAUAUGUAUCUUGAUAGUUCUUUGGUGGCAUUAUCCUGUUUUUAAUAAUCACCUGCAUAUUUUAAUUCAUAAUGGUUAUCUAUGGUACUGCAACUAUUGUCCAAGUCUGUGUUAUUGUUAUUUUCUCUCUUUCGUGUUGUGUUACUAUUAAGAAUACUUAGCUUUAAAAUGUAUGUGAUUAGAUGGAUAUAUAUAGUAUGUGAUUUGUUGAAAUUACUCUUUAUGCAUGCAUUGAUUCUUUUUUACUGUAUUUUUGAUAAAAGACACAUGUUUAUUGUGUUAUUACUGUAUUUACUUAUAUUUUUUGAUAUCAUAUGAUUUGAUUUUAAAUUUCGAAAUAUUAAAAUAAUUUAUGAAAUG